AUGAUAACAUUUACUAAUAGAUUUUUUCUAUCAAUAGGUCCACCAAAAUUUGAAUAUCAAAGCGAUGAUGAAGUGUGGUUUCAAUGGCAAAAAUUUAGAUUUUUUUGGUUAAAAGAUGGCAAAAAACUGAAAAUAGAUGGUAAAAGGAUUGUGUGGCAAAAACCAGCGCAGAGUGGUACAAUUAUAUUUACCGAUGCCAAUUUAGAUGAUCAAGGAUAUUAUCAGUGCUUUGUGUCAAAUUUAUUCGGAACAGCUGUUUCUAAUAAAAUACACGUACGUAUGGGAGUACUGGAGCACUUUGUUCUUCGGCCACCGAAGAAAUUGAUUAUUGAAGAAGGUAAAAGUUUAACAAUACCAUGUAUUGCACCGCAUGGUACACCACCACCGACAGUUUUCUGGCUUUAUCGAGAUGCUUUGCAAACAAGUGUUAUUGAAACUAUUCGUCGGAAUCAUAUCACUGUUGAUGAGGAAGGCAUUGCAGUCGAAUUGCACGAUGGAAGGGCAAAUUUAAUUUAUCAGUGUGCAGUAUCAUCUUUAGUUCUACAUGGCGAGUAUCGGACUGGUGCGGCUGGGGUGGCCAUACACAAAUUGUACUUCAGUCCAGAAAAAGUUAAUAUCAAAGCUGGUUCCAGGUUAAAAUUAAUGUGUAUUUUCGGUGGAAGACCUAUGCCGACAAUUGCUUGGAGCAAAUUAGAUGGUGAACUGCCAAAAAAACGGAUGAAAGAUCUAAUGUCGCCCGAAUCUGAUUAUGGUAAAUCUUUGAUUAUCGAUAAUGUACAUCCAGAAGAUGCUGGUACUUAUGAAUGUCGGUCGCAGCAUUUAUUCCAUCAAAUGCAAGUUACUGUUACGGCUGCUCCGUUCUGGGAAUUCGGUCCGCCUGAAGACAUUGAUCAGCCAGAAGAAAAGACGGUGGAAAUUCGUUGUUUAGCAUCCGGUGCGCCAACACCAAUAAUUCAGUGGUUUAUGAACGGAAAGCCAUUACAUGAAAUUCCUGAUAAUGAUCGCCGAUUAAUAUUGGACAAUGGUCGAGUCCUUAGAAUACAUAAGCUUGAUCAUGAUAUUGAUACAGGGGUUUAUCAGUGUAAUGCUUCGAACCCUUUCGGAUAUGUUUAUGCAAACGCUUUUGUUAACGUUCGUGCAUAUGCACCUCGCUUCAAAAUGGCUGAUAAAAGGAUUUGGAAGAUUGUACGAAAAUCAACAGUGGAAAUGCCUUGUGAUGUAGAUGCCGCUCCAGAAGCAAUCAUACGAUGGGUCGAUGCUAAUGAUCAAUCUAUUGCUGUGAUACCUGGAAAAAUUCAGGUUAAACAGCGUGAACUCGACCAUUUACAGUUGUAUAAAAAUAAUACUUUACGAAUAAUACAAGUGAAUUCGGCCGAUGAAGGUCUUUAUUAUUGCAACGUUUCAAAUAAAUACGGUAUUAAUCGAGCUUUUAAUAAACUGCAGGUAUUUGACCCAACGCACUUCGUUCGAGUACCAGCACCGAAAAAGUUGACAGUAAAUGCUUAUGAAAACAUCGAGUUAUUUUGUGAAGCAGUUAUUGAUCCAAGGCUGAAUAGCGAAUAUAAAUGGUUACACAAUGGUGAAAUCAUAGAGGAAUCGGAACAUUUCAAGUUCAAAAAUUUCUCACUGGUGAUAGAGAAUGCAAGAGGUUGGCAUGCCGGUGAAAUAGAAUGUAUUGUAACAACCGAUGUCGAUGUAAAAACAUCUGGAAUGCAUCUAACAGUUCAAGGAAAUUAUGUACCGGCAUCACCGAUAGUCACCGAUGUAAAUUGUAAUGAAAGGCGAGCCACAAUCAAAUGGCGUCGACCUAAUGAUCAUGGAGAUCGUAUAACACAAUUUGUUGUGCAAAUGCAUACAGAUUUUGAAGAGGGAAAAUGGGAAACAGUGCUUGAAGAAUAUAAUGUAUUUGUGGAUUUUUAUCAAGCUGAUAUAACUCUCUCUCCCUGGGUAAAUUAUACGUUUCGCGUAAUAGCGAAAAAUUCACAUGGAGAAGGCGAACCUGGAUACAAGCCUAGGGCGAUAUGUAAUACUAAGGAAUCUUUUCCAUAUAUGAAUCCAACUCAUGUAAGAGCCGAAGGCACUCAACCGGACAAUUUGGUCAUUUACUGGAAACCCAUGGAUAAAUAUGAUUGGAAUGGUCCUGAUUUACAAUAUAUCGUUCGUUAUCGGCUAAAUGAACAAGGUGCCAAGUGGGAAGAAGCCCGAAUAGAAGACCCUUUAGCAAAUCACACAAUAAUUCGUGAACAACCGACCUUCCGUGAAUAUACAGUUCAAGUAGAAGCAAUAAAUCGAGUUGGUAUUUCUAUUACUGAACCAGUAAGCGUAAUUGGAUUUUCUGGAGAAGAUGGCAACAUGGCUCUUGUAGAGUGGAAACAUGUCGAAAGAAGUACGGUCCGAGGACAUUUUAAAGGAUAUUUGAUUGAAUAUUGGAAAAGCGAUGGUGAUAUGUUUUCCGAGAAGUUAAACGUUGAAAAUGAUAAAAAUUCGGUUGUUUUAAAAAAUCUUGCACCGAUUUCGAAUUAUACAGCCAAAAUUCAUACAAUAAAUGCUCGUUACAAAAGUGAAGCACCAUCAGUUAUAAUAUUUUUGACGCCUGAAGGAUGCAAAGCAAGAGCUGUCGGAUCAAAUACCAUGUUCAUAACUUGGGAAAAGCCUCGACAAGCAAACGGAAAUAUACGCGGCUACUUCUUAACAUUCGAAAAUUUACAUGCUGAAACUAUAGAGGAAACAUAUGUGCUGAAUCGUCAGAUGUAUUAUUUGCAUGAAGAAGCUGAGCCAGAUACUGGUUAUAAAAUUUCUGUUUGGGCUGAAACAUACGGAGGAGAAGGGCCGAAGGUAGUUCGACCUGUUAGAACAUGGCCUCUUAGAGAUCUUGAUCCACCAGUGUUGAAAGUUGAAGCAACGUCACCAACUACGUUAGCCAUUGAAUGGAUUCCAUUUAACGAAAGUGAGUGGGGAAUAUCUGGACCAACAUUUUUCGUUAAUUUCACCUCUACAGUUCAAUUUAUUGUAAUAAUGCGAUUUUAUUUCAUGCUUUCAGAAGAAGAUAUUUGGUCGCAAAGUGAACAUAUUAAUUUACCUUUCACAGAGAUAAUACUGAGAAAUCUUGAAGAAGAUACAUUGUACAGAAUACGAGGUAUUGCAAAAGAAAAAGAACGACAAAGUAUAUCGGAUGAGAUUAAAGUGAGAAGUUUGAGAAGAGUUACUAUAACGCAUCUAUCACAAGGUUCGUUAAUCAGUAAAUUCUAUGGCAUAAUUUCCUAG